UCCUGUCCCCUAGAGCUCAGGGCUAAUGCUGCUGUCACAUCCAACCAGUAAGGUUUCCUAAAAUUCUUUGCGAAAAUUUUGGGACUUUUCACCAAAUCAUAAAAAAAUUUCCUUUUUUUUUUCCCCUGGGAGCCAAAGAUAUUUUAGAGAAGAAUUAAUCUUGCAUUUCUCCAGUUGAACGUUUUCUUGCAAUAAGAGCCAUGCAAAUAGAGCUACCCACCUGUUUCUUUCUGUGCCUCUUGCCACUAAGCUUCAGCGCCAUCCGAAGAUACUACCUGGGCGCAGUGGAACUGUCCUGGGACUAUAGGCAAAGUGAACUGCUCAGUGAGCUGCACAUGGACACCAGGUUUUCUCCUAAGGUGCCAAGAUCUUUUCCAUUCAACACCUCAGUUAUGUACAAAAAGACUGUGUUUGUAGAGUUCACGGAUCAACUUUUCAACAUUGCCAAGCCCAGGCCACCAUGGAUGGGUCUGCUAGGUCCUACCAUCCAGGCUGAAGUUUAUGACACAGUGGUCAUUACACUUAAGAACAUGGCUUCUCAUCCUGUUAGUCUUCAUGCUGUUGGCAUAUCCUACUGGAAAUCUUCUGAAGGUGCUGAAUACAAGGAUCAAACCAGCCAAAGGGAGAAGGAAGAUGAUAAAGUCAUUCCUGGUAAAAGUCAUACCUACGUUUGGCAGGUCCUGAAAGAAAAUGGUCCAACAGCCUCUGACCCACCAUGUCUUACCUACUCAUAUCUUUCUCAUGUGGACCUGGUAAGGGAUUUGAACUCAGGCCUCGUUGGAGCCCUGCUGGUUUGUAGAGAAGGGAGUCUGGACAAAGAAAGGACACAGACCUUGCGUGAAUUCGUACUACUUUUUGCUGUAUUUGAUGAAGGGAAAAGUUGGCACUCGGGAAAAAAUGAGUCCCUGACGCAGGCUAUGAAUCCUCCAUCUGCUUGGGCCCAGCCUACAAUGCACACAAUCAAUGGCUAUAUAAACAGAUCUCUGCCAGGUCUGAUUGGAUGUCACAAGAAAUCGGUCUAUUGGCAUGUGAUUGGAAUGGGCACCACCCCUGAAGUACAUUCAAUUUUCCUUGAAGGCCACACAUUUCUUGUGAGGAAUCAUCGCCAGGCUUCCUUGGAGAUCUCGCCAAUAACUUUCCUUACUGCUCAGACACUCCUGAUGGAUCUUGGCCAGUUUCUAUUGUUCUGUCAUAUCUCUUCACACCAACAUGAUGGUAUGGAAGCUUAUGUCAAAGUAGACAGCUGCCCAGAGGAACCCCAACUACGGAUAAAAAAUAAUAAAGAAGAGGAAGAUUAUGAUGGUGAUACCUACGACUCUGACAUGGAUGUGGUCAAGUUUGAUGGUGACAGUGCUCCUCCCUUUAUCCAAAUCCGCUCAGUUGCCAAAAAGCAUCCUAAAACCUGGGUCCAUUACAUUGCUGCUGAAGAGGAGGACUGGGACUAUGCUCCCUCCUCCCUCACCUCCAGUGACGGAAGUUAUAAAAGUCUGUAUUUGAACAAUGGUCCUCAGCGGAUUGGUAGGAAGUACAAAAAAGUCCGAUUUAUAGCAUACACAGAUGAAACAUUUAAGACUCGUGAAGCUAUUCAGUAUGAAUCAGGAAUCCUGGGACCUUUACUUUAUGGUGAAGUUGGAGACACACUUCUGAUUAUAUUUAAGAAUCAAGCAAGCAGACCAUAUAACAUCUACCCUCACGGAAUCACUGAUGUCAGUCCUUUGCACUCAGGGAGAUUUCCAAAAAGUGUGAAACAUUUGAAAGAUAUGCCAAUUCUGCCAGGAAAGAUAUUCAAGUAUAAAUGGACAGUGACUGUAGAGGAUGGGCCAACUAAAUCAGAUCCUCGGUGCCUAACCCGCUAUUACUCAAGCUUCGUUAAUCUAGAGAAAGAUAUAGCUUCAGGGCUCAUUGGCCCUCUCCUCAUCUGCUACAAAGGAUCUGUAGAUCAAAGAGGAAACCAGAUGAUGUCAGACAAGAGAAAUGUCAUCCUGUUUUCUGUAUUUGAUGAGAAUCAAAGCUGGUACCUCACAGAGAAUAUUCAGCGCUUCCUCCCCAAUGCAGAUGGAGUGCAGCCCCAGGACCCAGAGUUCCAAGUCUCCAACAUCAUGCACAGCAUCAAUGGCUAUGUUUUUGAUAGCUUGCAGUUGUCAGUUUGUUUGCAUGAGGUGGCAUACUGGUACAUUCUAAGUGUUGGGGCACAGACUGACUUCCUCUCUGUCUUCUUCUCUGGAUAUACCUUCAAACAUAAAAUGGUCUAUGAAGAUACACUUACCCUAUUCCCCUUCUCAGGAGAAACUGUCUUCAUGUCAAUGGAAAACCCAGGUCUGUGGGUUCUGGGGUGCCACAACUCAGACUUUCGGAACAGAGGCAUGACAGCCUUACUGAAGGUUGACAGUUGUGACAGGAACACUGGUGAUUAUUAUGACAACACAUAUGAAGAUAUUCCAACCUUCUUAUUGAAUGAAAACAAUGUCAUUGAACCCAGAAGCUUCUCCCAGAAUUCAAGGCACCCUAGCACUAGGCAAAAGCAAUUGAAAGCCACCACAACUCCAGAAAAUGACAUAGAGGAGAUUGACCCUCAAUCUGGAGAGAGAACACAGGUCUCUAGUGAUUUAUUGAUGCUCUUGGGACAGAAUCCUACUCCACAUGGAUUAUCCUUAUCUGAUCUCCAAGAAGCCAGAAAUGGGACUGAUAAUCAUUUACCUGGAGCAAUAGAAAGAAAUAAGGGCCCAUCUGAAGUGGCACAUCUCAUCCUAAAGCUCCAUCACAGUGGGGAAAGAGUAUUUACUUCUGAGCCAGAACUAUCAUUAAAUGAGAAUUUAGGGACAACCGUAACAGCAGAGUUGAAGAAACUUGAUUUUAACAUUUCUAGUUCAUCAAAAAAUUUAAUGACUUCACCAACAAUUCCAUCAGGCAAGUUCUUGACAGAUACUGAAAAGACAGCUUCCUUAAAACCCCCAAAUACACCAGUUCGUUUUAGUAGUCAAUUAGGCACCAUUGUAUUUGGUAAAAAUUCAUCUCACUUUGUUGGGUCUGGGGUAACUUUGGCCUUCAGUGAAGAAGAUAAUGAUUCCAAGUUGUCAAAAGCAGCUUUAAUGAAUAGUCAAGAAAGUUCACUGGGAGAAAACGUAUUAUCAAUGGAGAGUGAUAGGUUAGUUAAAGAGGAAAGAGUUCGUGGACCUGCUUCAUUGACCAAAGAUGAUGCUUUAUUUAAAGUUAAUAUCUCUUUGGUAAAGACAAACAAGGCAUCAAUUAACUCAACAACUAACAGAAAGAUUCACAUUGAUGACCCGACAUUAUUAAUUGACAAUAGCACAUCAGUCCGGGAAGGUGUUAUAUUAGAAAGUAAUACUGAGUUUCAAGAAGUGAAUUCUUUAAUUCAUGAUGAAACAUCUAUGGACAAAAAUACUACAGCUUUGGGACUAAAUUAUGUGUCAAAUAAAACUAUUCCAUCAAAAAAUAUGGAAAUGGUCCACCCUGUGCCACUAGAUGCAGAACAUCCAAACGGCAAAAGCAUACUUCUUACUAAUGUGGCUAAUGUCCAAGAAAAUGAUACACACAAUCAAGAAAAAAUAUCUCAGGAAGAGAUAGAAAGGAAAGAAAAAUUAAUCCAAGAUAAUGUACUUUUGCCUCAGGUGUCUCCAGUGAGUGAAACUAAGAACUUUCUGAAGAACCUUUUUGUACUAAGCAAAAGUUUAGAGGAGGGGAGAUACACUUCAGUACUUCAAGACACCAAGUUAUUAAAUGAUUCAGCAAAAAGAUCAGGGAUUCACAUGGCCCAUUUCUCAAUAAUAAGGGAGGAAGCAACCUUGGAAGACUUGGAAAAUCAAACAAAGAAAAUGGUAGAGAAGUAUCCAAGCACCACAAGUAUCUCUCCAAAUCCAAGUCAGUGGAAUGUUAUCGCUCAGCGUGGUAAGCGGGAUUUGAAACAAUUCAGACUCCCACUGGAAGAAAUAAAGAUUGAAAGAGGGGUAAUUCUGAAUGACCGCUCAACUCAGUGGCCCAAAAACAUGAAAUAUUUGACCCAGGUAGAAGACAACAAGAAGGAGACAAGGGCCAUUACUCAGCCCUUCUUAUCAGAUUGUCAUGGCAUCAUUCAAACAAAUGGCUCCGCAUUCCCCAUUGCAAAGGUAUCAGCAUUUCCAUCAAUUAGACCUACAGAUCUGAUCAAGAUCCCAUCCCAAUACAACUUGUCUCAUCUAGCAUCAGCCUGUAGUUAUACCUUUGGGAAAAGGAGUUCUGGGGUCCACAAAAGCAGUCACUUCUUACAAGAAGCCAAAAGAAAUAACCAUUCUUUAGCCUUCCUAAUGUUGGAAAUGAUCAGAGGUCAAGGAAAAAUCAGUACCCUAUGGAAAAACAUCACAAACCCACUCCUGUACAAGAAAUUUGACAGCACUAUUGUUUUGAAACCAGCCUUGUCUAGAGCAUCUGGCAAAGCUGAAUUUCUUCCUAAAAUUAAAGUUCAUGAGGAAGACUUUUUCCCUACGAAAACUAGCAAUGAUUCUCCUGCCCACCCGGAACUUAGGGAAGAGAUCUUCCUUAAGAAAACACAGGGACUUGUUAAAUUGGAUAAAGUAAAUAAACCCAGAAAAAUGCCCUUUCUGAAAUGGGCAACAGAAAGCUCUGAAAAGACUCCCUCCAAGCUGCUGGGCUCCCUUGCUUGGGAUAAACAAUAUACUACUCUGGUACCAAAAGAAGAGUGGAAGUCCCUAGAGAAAUCAGAAAAAAGCACAGCUUUAAAGAUAAAAGACACAAUUUUUCCCCUGGACCCUUUUGAAAACAAACAUUCAACAGCAGCAAUAAAUGAAGGACAAGAUAAUCCCCAAAGAGAAGCCACCUGGGUAAAGCAAGGAGGGACUGGAAGGUUGUGCUCUCAAAAGCCACUAGUCUUGAAACGCCAUCAAAGGGAAAUAACCUUUACUACUUUUCAGCCAGAGGAAGACAAGAUUGACUAUGAUGAUACUGUCUUGAUUGAAACAAAGAGAGAAGAUUUUGACAUUUAUGAUGAGGAUGAAAAUCAAGGCCCCCGCAGCUUUCAAAAGAGAACACGACACUAUUUUAUUGCUGCAGUGGAGCGGCUCUGGGAUUAUGGGAUGAGUGCAUCCCCCGAUGCACUGAGAAACAGGACUCAGAAUGGAGAUGUCCCUCAUUUCAAGAAGGUGGUUUUCCAGGAAUUUACUGAUGGCUCCUUUACUCAGCCCUUAUACCGUGGAGAACUAAAUGAACACUUGGGACUCUUGGGACCAUAUAUAAGAGCAGAAGUUGAAGACAAUAUCAGGGUAACUUUCAAAAACCAGGCAUCUCGUCCGUACUCCUUCUAUUCUAGCCUCAUUUCUUAUGGGGAAGAUCAGAGGCAAGGAGCAGAACUGAGAAGAAAGUUUGUCAAGCCUAAUGAAACCAAAAUUUACUUUUGGAAAGUAGAACAUCAUAUGGCACCUACUAAAGAUGAGUUUGAUUGCAAAGCCUGGGCUUAUUUUUCUGACGUUGAUCUGGAAAAGGAUAUGCACUCAGGCUUGAUUGGGCCCCUUCUGAUCUGCCGCACCAACACACUGAAUGCUGCUCAUGGGAGACAAGUGACGGUGCAGGAAUUUGCUCUCUUUUUCACUAUUUUUGAUGAGACCAAAAGCUGGUACUUCACUGAAAACAUGGAAAGGAACUGCAAGGCUCCCUGCAAUAUCCAGAUGGAGGACCCCACUUUUAAAGAAAAUUAUCGCUUCCAUGCGAUCAAUGGCUAUGUGAUGGAUACACUACCUGGCUUGGUAAUGGCUCAGGAUCAAAAGAUUCGAUGGUAUCUGCUCAGCAUGGGCAGCAAUGAAAAUAUCCACUCUGUUCAUUUCAGUGGACAUGUGUUCACUGUGCGGAAAAAGGAGGAGUAUAGGAUGGCGGUCCACAAUCUCUAUCCGGGUGUUUUUGAGACGGUGGAAAUGCUACCAUCCAAAGUUGGAAUUUGGCGAAUAGAAUGUCUUAUUGGCGAGCACCUACAAGCUGGGAUGAGCACCCUUUUCCUGGUGUACAGCAAGCAGUGUCAGACUCCACUGGGAAUGGCUUCUGGACACAUUAGAGAUUUUCAGAUUACAGCUUCAGGGCAAUAUGGACAGUGGGCCCCAAAGCUGGCCAGGCUUCAUUACUCCGGAUCAGUCAAUGCCUGGAGCACCAAGGACCCCUUUCCCUGGAUCAAGGUGGAUUUGUUGGCACCAAUGAUUAUUCACAGCAUCAUGACCCAGGGUGCCCGUCAGAAAUUCUCCAGCCUGUACAUCUCUCAGUUCAUCAUCAUGUAUAGUCUUGAUGGAAACAAGUGGCAGAGUUAUCGAGGAAAUUCCACGGGGACCUUAAUGGUCUUCUUUGGCAAUGUGGAUUCAUCUGGGAUAAAACACAAUAUUUUUAACCCUCCAAUUAUUGCUCGGUACAUCCGUUUACACCCAACUCAUUACAGCAUCCGCAGCACUCUUCGCAUGGAGUUGAUGGGCUGUGAUUUAAACAGUUGCAGCAUGCCGCUGGGAAUGGAGAAUAAAGCAAUUUCAGAUACACAGAUUACUGCCUCAUCCCACUUAAACAAUAUAUUUGCCACCUGGUCUCCUUCACAAGCCCGACUUCACCUCCAAGGGAGGACUAAUGCCUGGAGACCCCAGGGGAAUAAUCGAAAAGAGUGGCUACAAGUGGACUUGCAGAAGACAAUGAAAGUCACAGGGAUCACCACCCAGGGGGUGAAGUCUCUCCUUACCAACAUGUAUGUGAAGGCGUUCCUCAUAUCCAGUAGUCAAGAUGGCCGUAACUGGACUCUGUUUCUUCAGAAUGGCAAAGUGAAGGUUUUUCAGGGAAAUCGAGACUCCUUCACACCCGUAGUGAACACUCUAGACCCCCCACUAUUUAUUCGCUACCUGAGAAUUCACCCUCAGAGCUGGGAGCACCAGAUUGCCCUGAGGAUGGAGAUUCUGGGCUGUGAGGCACAGCAGGUGUACUGAGAAUGGUGCCCCCACCCCCGCCGGUUCCAUCGCCCCUCUGUCCCGGCCCCUGUCCAGCAUCCCUCUCAGCCUGGCCUCCUGGUUCCACCCUUUUUCUGUGUAUUUAAAGUAUACAGUCCUAGCAGAUCUGCCCUGAAGCCCCCGAAAUUGUCAUGAAUCCUGCAUCUUCUGGGAGUGUUGCAUCCAUUGGUGGCAGCUGUUCCCAGAUCGCUCCUUCCUUCCAGCGUCUUUAGGCAAAAAAGAAAUGAGACAAUCCACCUGGAAAGCAUUCUCUUCCUGACAAGUUAGGUCUCUUCCACAGCCGCCACUUCCUCCUCUGUGGCAAAAUGAGGCGUUGAAAGGGGGCAGGAGGUAUUCACCAUGGGAGCAUUUCUGAUGAAGCCUUAGACAUUGAAAAUGAAACUCUCACUUGUUCACCGAACAUGUUUGGAGAUCAUAUCACCACAGCCUUGAAGUCAAAAGAUAAGUUAUUUUGACAGUCUGCAAAAUGGAGAUAAUAUGAGAACUACUGCAUUAAAGUCUGUUCUUGCCUCUUCAUAGACAGAUAUAAUGAUCUUCGUUAGUCAUCUUGGGGCAUUGUUAGUGGCACAUUCUUACCUCAAAAACUAGUAUUCUUGGAGUAGGGGGGUGCAGCUCAGUGGUAGAGCAGGUGCUUAGCAUGCAGGAGGUCCUGAGUUCAAUCCCCAGUCCCUCAGUUAAAAAAAAAAAAAACUGUUGUUCUUUGAGGCUCGAGGAUGGGAUUCAAUAGCCCCCUAAACCCCCCAUCCCCCCGUCCCUUGAGACUAUAUAUAAUAUUAUGUAUGAAUGUGUAUCUACAUUUUCUCUGACAGAAGUGUCCAAAGAUUUAAUCAGACUUUAAAGGGUUAAAAGGCUUUAAACGAGUUCAUUUUAAUCUCAGAAAAAUAAAUAAAACCCAUGGCUAUCUGGGCUAGGAGAUACAACAUUAUAAUUCUAAUAAUGCACUCAUUUUGCUCCCUCCCUCAGCUAAUUUCCUGCUGAAAUGACCCAACAAAAAUGUAGGGGGAAAUUCUAUAACAUGACUGAAAAGCAGUCCCACUUACAUAGUUGACGUACUGAGGAGUCAAAAGAAAUGAGGUAGGCCCGGUUGUGUUCUUCGUUCACAGCGACCUGAGACACGCCAGACGGCAGCGCGAGGGAGCGUCCCGAGGCAAAGCGAUCUCGAAGCAGAGGUCCCUAGUGUAAGAGCAAGAUUGCUUCGUUCUCAGAAAAGGCAAGGGAGUAACCGCUUUUCCCCACGCUAGAUCGUCUUCCAAUAGUUCUUCUUGACCCUGAUGUGACCUUUUGGGGGACUGUCACGGAAUCACACCCCACAACUGAUGAAGCUGCAGUCUGUUAAGGUUAGAAGUCAACUUACAGAAAUCAACAUGCUGCUUUGCUUUAUAGCCUGGUAGAGAAGUUAACCCCAAAGGUGAUAUGGUUUUAAUCCCUGUAAAAGGUUAACCAGUUUUAUGUCUAACUUAAUUAUCUUUCUUUGGCAUUCCUUUCCCAUGGGCUGCAUACAUCUCUAUUUCUCAAAUGCUCUUGGAACCAGCUCUUCUGUCUUCCUGUUGGUUUCCUCAAUAAUCAGUUAAAUAAAACAUUGACACAUAUAAGCAAAUGCCUUUGAAACUUGUGUUUUUAUACCGGAAAUUAAAAUGUAAACAAUGAUAUUUUAAAAGAAAAAACAAAUACAGGCACUGAAUCACAGGAUGGACAGUUUAGAAAAACAAAUGAGUGAGUUAGGAAACCAGAUUAAAUUGAACUCAGAGUUGAAUGAUAUAAUUUAUGAGAGGGGAAAUAACAUUUUAAAAUGAGAAAUGGGGCCUUGAUCCAGGAGCCGAGCUUACAGAGAGAGAGAUUGAGAAAUGGGGAGUUACUGUUCAACUGGUCUAGACUUUCAGUUCUGCGAGAUGGCUCAGUUCUAAAGACCUGCCUACAGUUAAUGACAUUUUACUGUGCAAAAUCUAAGAGGAUAAACAUCUAAGAGGAUAGCUGCAUAAAGCGCUCUCACCGCCAUAAAAAUUCAAACUUCUUGAAGGAAAGAUAAGAGUGGGU